AAAGAGUUCCGAUUAUUGAAAGCGAAAGUAGGGUCGUGCCCAGAGACAAUAUUAGCAAAAUAUAAAUAGUAAAAAUACGUCUCUGGCUUAACCCAAACAGAGCCCCAUUUUGACGGGUUAAAUAUGGACCAUUUUAAAUUAGUGAGAGAUAUAUGGCCCUUAUUGAGAGAACAUUUGGUGGAUCCUUUAGAGAUUUUACCUGACAUUCAGGGAUUUACUGACGUUGACAAAGAGGACAUCAAGGCAGCCGCUCUAAGGAGCAAGAUUCAGGCUAUUGACAAACUUCAAGAAGCCUUAAGGAGGAGAAACUAUAGAUGUUUUCAAAGCUUUUUAUAUGCCUUACUGAAACACCAAUACGUAGAUUUGGCGAUGGAGAUUGCAGAGAGGGGUGGUAUUCAGCUGGAAUAUCCACCUAGAUUAACCUGUGCAAUGCAACAAAAUAUAACUUCGCCAAUCACUGGAAUAAGAAAUGUUCAAGUGUAUAGGGGAACAGCUCAGAUAUGUGCCCGACCAUGGUCACACUCCUCUAGUUCUUCAUCCUCAGACACUCGAAGCAUCCCGAGUAACACACGAAGUGCAGAACAGCAGGCUAGUGGAGGCACAGACGAGGACCAGUUAACUUCAGAAACAGAACUAGGAGAAGUGUCAGUUGAAAUUACUGACAGAUGGGCUGCUGAACUGAGUAAAAAUAAACUUUGGAGAGAACUGAGUAAAAAAAUGGGUUUCAAAAAGAAUAAAGUCAUGGAAAUAGAAAAAUCUGGCAAUGCUGGGGAUGCUUUUCUUGAUGAACUUACACUUCGUGGAUUCAAAGUGGCUGAUCUGAUGAAACAUCUUCAAGAUGAAAAGUUUUCAAGUUUUCUACAGAUCAUUAGAUUAGACCUUGGUGAAUCAAGUUUAAACAAUUUUAACAUUGGUACCUCACCAGUGGAAAGCGAUGCUAGAUUUGAAAAUGUUAUCCUGGGUCUACCUCCAUCCAGUGAUUCCUCGAGCAACUUGGAAGAAAAAAUUCAGAAUAAUUUGAUAGACUCCCCAGCACAGAGUUCAAGAAAUUUGUCAGAGUCUCGCUCAUCAAGUAGUUCAAGCUUUAACAAAAACUCAAAGCCAGAAAACAACACAGAUAGCAAUAAGCAUAGUAUCGAGGCUGUUACUCUGACAGGGCAUAAUGUUUCUUUUGGCUCUGGAAAAAAGUCUGGCCAAGAAGAGGACCAGCAACCCCAAAUGAUUCCGACUUUGACUUCCAGGUCUAAAGAAGGAACUGAGGUUAGUGACAUUAGCCCUAUUAUUAGAGAUACCCAAAAAGAAAUUGCUUUGGUAAAUAAGAAGAAAGAAUUGGAUAGUCCAUACGAUGAAAUAUACCAAAGGGAAGCUUCAGAACAACCUUCAAGUCUCGGUGCUGACUCUGCUCAUCAAACUUGUCCAAAGUCUACUUUUCUGGAUGAACAUUUAAACUCAUUAGGAAACUUAUCCGUGAAACCAAAAGAAUCAACAUCAAAGAGAUUCACCGGCCUAUUGUCUGAGGAGAACAUUGGGACCAGCACCAAAGCCGUGUCACAGACAGAGUCUUCGAGGUCCAGGGAACCAUUAGUCCACCAAGCACAAGAUGAUACAGCAAGUCAGAAGGGAUCAAGUUUAAUACAGGGGAUACGUGAUCUAACAAAUAAUUUAGAGCAAGUUGGGUUUGAAAAAGAUCCUCAUGCAGCAAGACCUUCUGGGAGUUCUAUUAAUAUUCCAGUCCAGCCAGUACCAACAGCCACAGAAGUUGGAAACCCCAUAGCCGCCCCUGAAUCAUCAACAAACCAAACUUCCCAGUUUGAUCUAUUCCAAUCAGAGUCAGGGCAGCAGUCUGCAGCAAAUCUCAUAGGAUCUCGACAAAUGCAGGGACCGUACACAUCUCCUGUUCCAGUAUCAGAUGAAUCAGAAGCAAAAAAUUUGGAAAUGGAAGCAAGUGCUCUUCGUGAGGACAUGGCAAAUCAGUCCAACACUGUAGGCUAUAGAGAUAUUCAGAACAGUAUACCGGAGCAAAAUCAGAGAUGUUUGGAGAAUAGGGAAUACCAUUCUUCCAUAGUGGACCAGUUUUGUUAUAGUGAAGGUGGAAGAUCACAGUCACAGGGUCGAUCUAAUUCAAGUAACGUACAGACUAAUGCUAGAGAGACUUCAGACAGGAGAGAGGGGUCUACAUUGGGAAGCAUGUCAAAUGUCUUAAAUGAUUGUCCCCAACUCAGUGAUAGUCUGCUUAAUGAAGAAACUCUUACAAGCAACAGCAGUUCUUAAUGAUGAAGACAAUAUUACAAAGGACAAGUAAAAAUGGAAUGUUUGAUGAUUGGAUGAUUUGUUAAACAGAAAGUAAAGAAUUUUUUAAAUAUUGUUGCUUUAUUUCAUUCAUUGACACAUGAUUUAAUAUUUGAAUUAUGUUUCAUGACAGAAAGGUCUUUCUUUCAAAAUGUAUUUGAGUAUUUCACAUGUUUGACCCACCUCCAAUCACAUUCUUUAAAGACAAUUAAGAAAUUUAAAUAAAGUAAUUAGAUUUUUAAUACAUGUCUAUAUGAAGAAUAUAGCCAUCAAGGUUGUCAACAUAGUUGAGAGAAAUAGACUAUGACUGAUGGGCAUGCUAGUUUAUUCUAUUAGAUAUAUAGAAGAAAAAAAUAAAAUUACGAUUUUAAUUUAUUUUGUGGUAUAUGUGAAAGAUUUUGUUUUAUAAAGUCGAUUCAUUACAAUGCAUAUUCUUUUAGUUUACAACAGUUACUGUGAUAAUAUUACGCAAAGAGCCAUAAAGCUUGUGCUUUGUUUUUGUUAACAUUGGUUGUAUACUAGCAAAAGUUUUGUUUCCUUAGAUCUUUUUACCUGCUUAUUAGUUAUGAACAUAAUUAAAUAGUUUCUAGC